UUGAUGUUUGAUACGUAUGUUUAUCCUUUAUGAAGUUUAUAAGAAAAUCUUUGUAUCAGGAAGUAACUAUCUAAUAUGCCUUCAAGGAGGAAUAUAUUAAAACACAUAUUUCUAAGUAAGUUGUAAAAGUAAAGUGAAAGGAUAUUAUGUUACGCGCCAAACGCAUAAUUGAACUGUUAUAGUUUAUUUUAGACUUAAGCGAAUUGUUAAAUCGUUAAAUAUUAACAGAUUAACUGAUGAUAAUUCUGCUAUGGUGAACAAAAUAACGAAAUUUCAAAUAAACGCGGUGGAAAUAACAGUAUUGCAUUGCAACUGACAUAGGAGAUGUUAAUAGUAAAUGUAUACGACAAUAAAACAUUAAAGUAGAAAUUUGAUGUAAAGAAAAAAAAUCGUUCCGGUACACUUGCGUAAAAUGGAAUGAAUUUAACGACUGAACGAUUUGUAUACAGUGUCAGAUUGUGUCGAUGUAGUCAGUUUCAUACGCUGCUUGGAUAAAAGCUUAAACUAAACAUCUAUAAUAUGAAUAUGUGUAUACAUAAAGGCGUGAAAUUAAUAGUGUUACUUUUUUGAUACAGCACCAUGUUAUAUUUGCAGUUAAUGUACGUUAAGAUGUUGAUCAAAGCACGUUGUUGUUAAAUACAAUUUAGGAGGUGAUAGUUCGUAAAUGUCAAUAACCGCUCUUGUUUGGUAGCAUCGUGAGUAAAAAUAUGUUUAAUCAAUGGACAUUAUAACAGAUAAUCAAUGAACCAAGCAAGGAUUAUUAAUGCAGAUUGUUUAUAUGACCAACAUAGGAUUGCUGCAUACCCGUAUUUAUCUAUUUGUAAAUCUAUCAUACUUAACAGUUUAUUAUCAUUUCGGCCUUUCGACGAGUGGGUGUCACACAACAUUCCUAAAGUUACAGGAAAAAUGAUGACAAUUUCAGACGGUCCCGACGGCGCCGAUAAUAGUUCAUCUACGGGAUCAAAGGCAAUUGAGGCUCUAGUGUUGUGCAUAAUAAUCGUGUUUAGUCUUAUCGGUAAUACUUCACUCUGGAUUGUGGUGUUAAGGUCUCGGUCCUUGAGGACAGUCACCAAUAUGUUCAUCCUAGGUCUCUCGGCAGCAGAUCUCUUGGUCGCUACUGUGAACAUGCCGUUGACUGUAUUCACAAUCAUCGAAGGUUACUGGAUGCUCUCCAACACCGCGUGCGUAGCAGUUGGUUUCAUUAACAUGCUCACCUUGGUUACAAGCGUCUUGUCCCUAUGCAACAUCUCAAUAAAUCGAUUCUUCAUGGUUUGUCGUCCGGGAAAGUUCAAAGACAUUUAUACAACUAGAAAUGCUAUCUUAAUGAUAAUUGCGACCGUUACUUGUGCUGUUCUCUUGUCAUCGCCUCCUCUUCUUGGCUGGUCAAAAUAUGUGUACACACCUACGCAUUCCUUCUGUUUCGCCGAUUGGGUUAACUAUGAGUCGUAUGCCUAUUUCAUGAUUGGUUGCUGCUUCGGAAUACCGUUCGGUGUCAUGACCUUUUGCAAUAUCUGCAUUAUUAGGUCAGUAAGAGAAAGUAGAAGAAAAGUUAGAUCUACAUAUCGUGCUACAAUGUCUUCUCCUAAUAACAGUGUUUACGAAUACCAGUCGAAAAAGGAGGACAAAGAAUAUGAUAUGACUGACGCUAGAAAAUCAGAUUUAAGUACAUCAACCGCUGUUACAGAAUUAGGUAACAAUAACAAUACAGAAAGCAAGGAAAAUAUCAAAAGAGAUCAUGCACAUGCUGAUAUUCAAUUACAAAUACCAAAGUAUGACGAUAAAUAUGAUGAACAUAAACACAAAGAUUUAAAACAACGUCCAAUGCAAGACAGUUUGUCAGAUGACUCUUCCAACGAAUCCAAUUCCGCUUUGAUAAGCCAGCUAGGUAGGCAAAGCCCACGACGAAAUCAACUUUUCGAAGAGGGAAAUCAGAAUAAAGAAAAAUUGAAAUCUUUAGUCAGACCGGAAAGUCCCACAACAGAAAAGCAAAAUAAUAUUGACACAAAUUUGUUGCAUCCACGAUGGAAAAGAAGGAGUGUUUCAGAGAUAUCAAAAGAACCCUCUGUAAAUUUGGAUUCAUGCACAGAUACUGUAAGAAGGAAUGACAAAAUGUCAGUUACAGAGAAACCUACAAGUGUGAAAUUAAGAUCUCCAACAAGAAUUAGGAGACGAGAGGAAAUAAGAUUAGCAUUUUCAUUAAUAAUUGUUGUUGUUUUGUUUGUGAUAUGUUGGUUACCAUAUUGUAUAAGUAUGUUAUUAUCUAUAUACAUUCAUGGAAGUGUUCCCAGGGAAUUCCACAUGUUCACGUUACUAAUUGGUUAUGCAAACAGCGGGUGCAAUCCUAUUGUGUAUGGAUUAAUGAACCAAAGAUUUAAGGUUGGAUUCAAAAGAUUAUUUUGCUUUUGGAAAACACAUGUGUUCAAUCUAAGUAGCAAUUCAUAAAAAUCCUAUCGAAAAUACGUUGUGUACAAAUGGCUAGUUUCACACUUGUGUACAAGCGAUCCUUUAGAUAUCUAUUUAAAGAACCAAUCUUCAGAUAAUAGUUGUGGUUUAAUCAGUUGAUCAGAAUUGAAAUAGUCAUAUGCUCGUGUUUAUCAUACUGGCAACAAAGCGUUUGAAUGUGAUUGAUGGUAUAUGUGAACCUGAUAUUGAAAAAGAACAGGGUAAUGAGGGACAAUUAUUCAGCUACUUGUUACUGCAGUUGUCAUCAUUCUUUUGAUUUCUCAACUCCAUAACCUCAGAUCCCCUUUCUAAAUUCCAGUUUGUUUAGUUCUGCUCAUUGUAUUCUCGUUUACGGCAAACCCAUUAUUUUAACUGGGGACCAUACGCCGCUUUUCAUGGAAUUACAUGCAAGUGUAUCAUUGAAGGUUCUAUGUGCACCGCCGUAUGAACACGUCUGUGGAUGUCUCUAAAUUAUUUUUGUACUUGUAGCAUGUGUAAAUGUUGAGUUCUGCUCAACCCGGGGCUAGAGGGCGUGGACGGUAGCAUGCAUUUCCACUACCGUUCACGUACAGGCUCAAUCAAACCGAGUCUGCUACAUUUUCGAUUUUGUCGUGUUGAGCGACCUGUGGAGAGUCCACUUUUUCUAUUUUAAUAAACAAAGAUGAUUUAGUCUUAAAGGUACUAACAGAAAAGUCAAAAGUUGGCGAGAGUAUAUCCGUUUAUAAGAUUAUGAAAAAGAAAAAGGGCUGUAUUACAAAAUAAAAAUAAUAAAUAUAUAACGCAAUCGAAUGAACUAUCGACAUAACAUUCGCUGGUUUUUAAUAUUAUGUUUAAUUAUUGAAUUUAGGACCCUUUUAAACAGAAAUCAGAUUUCAAAAUUUCAGUAAUAUACAACAGUGUAGUUAAAUCAACUAUUGUCCUUGGACUCGUGCAAGUAACUUCCUCACAUGAGAGGAGGAAGAAUGAACGUAUUUCAGCCAGUUACAUAGAUAAUAUAUCAUCGAACAUUACCAUUCGAUUGGAAGUUAUGAGUUCUACCAAUUGAGCUGAGCGGGUGAAUCAAACAGUGCUUAAAAUGUGAAACUGCUUGUUUGCAAUUUUGUCUAUUGGUCUAAGUUUUGCAGUAUCUCAGAACACAACAAUGCUCAAUCAUAUGGUUAUUAGUAUAUUAUAUUACAUUUUUUAUGAAUAACCUAUUUAUUUUUUACGCUUUGGACUUGUAUGCAAUAUUUGCAAAAACGAAUAAAUAUUUACAAGU